ACCCUGCAUCUCCCCACCCCAUCUUUCGGAUUCUCUGCAUCUCCAUCACCGCCGCCACCGCACCGGUCCUGCCAGUUGGAUGCAAAGUUCACCAAUGGAGCCAACGCAAUUAUGGGACGGCAGAUGCGCAAAACCCGGGAGAGGAUCCAGCCGCGGACGGGAAG